CUGUGACGUCACCGGAUGUGUGAAGUUUCAAAACAUCCAGAGCUGCGUUGUGCGGCUCUGCUGGUAGCCGGUGGCGACUUAGACAUAAUAAAAGAGAUAUUAUGUCUAUGUGUGGUUAUAGUAGCUGAUAGUAGCUUAAUAAAGGGGCUUCCCGGUCGCCUUUAACGGCUUCCGCGGACUUCCAAGAUGGCGGCCCCGCUGCUGGAGUUCGAGACCGAGAUGUUUUUGAGUCUUUUCGAGUCGGACGGGCUGCUGGUGGCGGCGGAGGGGCUGGGGAUAGACCGCCUCCUGCUGCAGUUCAUGCGGGUUUACUCGGAGGAGGGCAGCCUGGUCCUACUGCUCAACACAAGCACACCUGAACAGGAGUAUUUCACGGAGCAGCUGCGAGUGGAAGGUGUGAGCCACCUGCCCAGGACGGUGACCAGCGAUGUCCAGAGCGCUGAGCGUUACAACGUUUACAGCGAAGGGGGGGUUCUGUUCGUCACCAGCAGAAUCCUGGUGGUGGACUUCCUCACUGACCGCAUCCCUGCUCACCUUAUAUCAGGCAUCCUGGUGUAUCGAGCUCAUAAAAUCAUCGAGUCGUGUCAGGAGGCGUUCAUCCUUCGUUUGUUCAGACAGAAGAACAAGACGGGUUUCAUCAAAGCCUUCACUGACAAGGCCACAGCCUUCUCCUCCGGCUUCUGCCAGGUGGAGCGCGUCAUGAGAAACCUGUUCGUCAAGAAGCUCUACCUGUGGCCCAGGUUCCAGGCGUCUGUGAAGGCGGCGCUGGACAGACACAAGCCAGAGGUGGUGGAGCUGCACGUGUCGCUGACGCCCGCCAUGAAAGCCAUCCAGAGCUCCAUCCUGGACAUCAUGGGUGCCUGCCUGAAGGAGCUGAAGCGCUACAACCCUUCUCUGGAGGCCGAGGACCUGUCACUGGAGAACACGCUAGGAAACGCGUUUGAAAAGAUGAUCCGUCACUACCUGGAUCCCCUGUGGCAUCAGCUGGGAGCAAAGACCAAAGCCCUGGUUCAGGAUCUCAAGGUUCUCAGGGUUCUCCUUCUCUACCUCACCCAGUACGACUGCGUCACCUUCCUCAAUCUGCUGGAGUCGCUGCGCUGCAGCCAAAAGAGCUUUGGCUCCAAUUCAGGCUGGCUUUUCCUGGACUCCAGUACCUCCAUGUUUGUGAAUGCGAGGAGCAGAGUUUACCGGAUCCCCGACAGCAAAAAGAAACUCCGACUCGGAGGAGAGACGGAGAAGCAGAAGUCCUCCUCUGCCUCGGAGGUGCAGCGGGAGCUGGUGCUGGAGAAGAGUCCAAAGUGGGAGGUUCUGACUGAGGUGCUGAAGGAGAUCGAGGAGGAGAACAGGAGCUCUGAGCAUGGAUCAGGUGCGGGUCGGGUUCUGAUCUGCGCCGGUGACGACCGGACCUGUGCGCAGCUGCAGCAGCUGAUCAAACACGGCUCUGAUUGGCUGCUGAACCGGCUGUACGCCCGCACCGUGGCUAAACGGGACCCGGCGGCGGCGGCGGCGUACGACCUGGACUCACACAGGAAGGGCGGAGGGCGGCUGAAGAAGAGCACCAAGGGAAAGGAACCCGCUAAGACUAAAAGCACCAAGGCCAGCAAAGGCAGACCCUCCCUGACCCUGACCCAGAUGAUGGGGAAAGAGUCUGGAGCUGCAGGGAUGGGCAGCAGCGAGGAUGAGGACGGUCAGAUGGAGGAAGAUGAAGGCGAGGAAGAACAGCUGAAGCUAAAUCUGUCCUCUGACGCCUACUAUGGCGUCCUGAAGGAGCCGCUGACCGUCAUCCACCCCCUGAAGGGCUGCACAGACCCGCACAGCCUGACCCGGGUGCUGCACGAGGUGGAGCCCAGCUUCGUGGUGCUCUAUGACGCAGAAGUGAGUUUUGUCCGCCAGCUGGAGAUCUACAAAGCCAACCGGCCCGGAAAGCCUCUCAGAGUUUACUUCCUGAUCUACGGCGGCUCCACGGAGGAGCAGAAGUACCUGACGGCGCUGGCCAAGGAGAAGAAAGCUUUCGAGCACCUGAUCAGAGAAAAAGCUACCAUGGUCAUCCCAGAGGAGAGAGAAGGGCGAGAGGACACCAACUUAGACUUAGCCAGGAAUUUAGAGCCUGCCAACGCCACCACUAACACCCGGAGAGCAGGGGGCCAGGAGCCGCCCGGCGAACCCUCCCGGGUCGUGGUAGACAUGCGGGAGUUCCGCAGCGAGCUUCCCGCCCUGCUGCACCGCCGCGGCCUGGACAUCGAGCCCGUCACCCUGGAAGUGGGCGACUACAUCCUGACCCCCGACACCUGCGUGGAGCGUAAGAGCGUCAGCGACCUGAUUGGCUCGCUGCAGAGCGGACGCCUCUACACCCAGUGCCUCUCCAUGACCCGCUACUACAGGAAGCCGGUGCUGCUCAUCGAGUUCGACCCGGCCAAGCCCUUCUCCCUGACGGCUCGGUCCGAUUUCCGCAGCGAGAUCUCUUCAAACGACGUUUCCUCCAAACUGACGCUGCUGACGCUGCACUUCCCCCGCCUCAGGAUCCUGUGGUGCCCCUCGCCGCACGCCACCGCCGAGCUCUUCCUGGACCUGAAGCGGGGCCGGCCCGAGCCCGACGCCUCCGCCGCCCAGGCGGUCACGGCCGAGUCGGACGUGGUGGGGGAAUCGGCGGCGCUCUACAACCCGGGGCCGUACGACUUCCUGAUGAAGAUGCCCGGCGUUAACGCCAAGAACUUCAGGGCGCUGAUGAAAAGCGCCGCCAGCCUGGCGGAGCUGGCCGCGCUGAGCCAGGAGAGGCUGGAGGAAAGCCUCGGCAACGCCAGCAACGCUAAAGCGCUCUACGAGUUCCUGCACAGUGAGGCCGGCGUGCCCGCUCACCUGCAGAGGGCCAAGCUCACCUGAUGAGCUUACCUGCAUGCAGGUGAGUUUUAAAAGAUAGGAUUAAAGGGAGGGUGUUGCUGAAUAAAAUGGUCUUUGUGUUUUUAGAGGAUGUUGUAUAUGUGGGCAAAGUUACCUGAAAUAAUGUUUUAUUCUUAUUAAAACGUGGAUCUUUGAACUCGGCUGUUUUAUUACAGUUUUUAUUUAAAAAGGGAACUCAAGCUACCAGCUCACCUGCCAGCCUCACCUUUAUUAAUUUAUGUUAAUUAGGUUUAUUAAUUGGCUCCACGACCUUCGUUAGAGCUAAAGACCCUCUGAUUAUUAAUUUAAUAUUUCAGUGAUGUCUGUCUGCAGGUAAAUGUGGUAAAAAUUCACAACUUGUUGCAACAUGAAAAUCAACCAGUUGAAAAGCACUCAUUGGCUAAAA